UUUUCAAACUCAGAAUAACAGCCAUGAAAAUCGAAACAAGCCUCGCCAACGAUCUCCCACCGUUGCUACUGGCAUUAUGCUUAAUUUCACUACUCAUCUACAAACUAAAAUCCACCAAGAAAAGUUCAACAUCGCCGCCUCUUCCUCCGGGUCCCACAGCCUACCCGAUCGUCGGCAGUCUCCCGGAAAUGCUGUCGAACAAGCCGGCAUUCCGAUGGAUACACAACCUCAUGCAAGAGCUCAACACCGAAAUUUCCUGCAUCAAGCUCGGCAGCGUCCACGUCAUCGCUGUCACUUCUCCCGAACUUUCUAGAGAGUUCUUGAAGAAGCAGGACGCCAUAUUCGACUCCCGGCCCGACGCCAUGUCAGCCCGGAUCACCAGCGAUGGCUACCUGACGCUGGCUCUGUCGCCCUCCGGUGACCAGUGGGCUAAAAUGAGGAGGGUUAUGAAGUCAGGGGUGCUCGCAAACACAGUGUUUCAACGGCUACACAAGAAGAGACGCGAGGAAGCCGAUCACCUCGUGAGAUAUGUGUACAAACAGUGCAAGAAUCCAGACACCAAUGGAAGUGUGAAUGUGAGAGAUGCAGCGCGCCAUUACUGCGGCAAUGUGAUCAGAAAAAUGGUAUUUAGUAAGAGGUUUUUCGGAUCCGGAAUGGCGGACGGGGGGCCAGGGAUUGAAGAGAGAGAACAUGUGGAUGGAUUGUUCGCGAUUCUUUCGUGCCUCUAUGGAUUCGCCAUUGCUGAGUUUUUGCCGUGGCUGGAAGUUUUGGAUUUGGAUGGGCAUAAAAAGAAGAUAACGAAUGCGAUUAAGAAUGUAAGAAGUUAUCAAGAUCCAGAAAUCGACAAGAGAAUGGAGAUGUGGGAGAAGGGCCUCAAGAGUGAGGAAGAUGAUAUUCUUGAUCUUUUGAUUAACCUCAAGAAGUCAAUAAAUGAGCCGCUUUUGUCUAUUUGGGAGAUAAAAGCAUUAAUUGUUGAAAUAAUGAUUGAGACGGUUGAUAAUCCAUCAAAUGCAGUUGAGUGGGCAUUGGCAGAAAUGAUCAAUCAACCGGAUAUUGUUGCUAAGGCAUGUGAAGAAUUGGAUCAAGUGGUAGGUAAGGAUAGGCUUGUUCAAGAAUUCGAUUUGCCUAAAUUAAAUUAUGUGAAGGCUUGUCUGAAAGAGUCAUUUCGGAUACAUCCAUUAGCACCUUUCAAUGUCCCACACGUUUCGAGUAAAGAUACCGUGGUCGGUGGGUACUUUAUCCCAAAGGGGAGCCAUGUGUUGCUCAGUCGUCCUGGCCUAGGUCGGAACCCUAGGGUUUGGGAUGAGCCUCUCCGGUUUAGGCCCGAGCGACACAUUCAUGAUGAAGCCUCAGAAGUCGUGCUUGCGGAUCCUGAGUUGCACAUGCUGUCGUUUAGUACCGGAAGACGAGGAUGCCCUGGAAUCGUGCUUGGUUCUACCAUAAGCACGAUGCUUUUGGCUAGACUUAUUCAAUGUUUUGCAUGGAGGCCCCCACUUUCUGCGAAUGCUAUUGACUUGGCUGAGUCGGGAAACGACUUGGCGUUGGCUAAGCCUGUAAUUGCUCAUGCAAUGCCGCGCUUGAACUCACAAAUAUACCUUCAACUCAAACAAAAUUAGUACUCCAUAUAUAUGUAUUGCAUCAUAAUUGUGAGUGUGUAUAAUCAGUUGUUGUCUUUUCAUAUUAA